CACCCACAUCAGAAGUUAUAAGGAUUAGUUUGUUUUCUUUGUUUCCAGAGCAGAAAGAGCAAUGGACAGAGAGAAGUAGGAACAAACAGCAAGAUGUAAGUCUUAAGUGUACGAUUAAUUACUUUUUGUGGCCUGUCUCAUCCCUAUCAGUCUUGCGUAGAUUUCUCGUAUCAGCCAUGAUAAAAGACAAAGAAGCAUUUCAGCGACUCAGUUUUCUUUACCAGGCCGCACAUUGUGUCUUGGCACAAAACCCAGACAACCAGGAGCUGGCUCGUUUCUAUUGCCAUACGCAGAACAGCAUCAGCCGACGGCUUGUCUUAAGACAAGACCCGUCUGUGAAACGAACCAUCUGUAAAUCUUGUUUCUCCCUCCUUGUCCCUGGAGUCAGCUCGACUGUACGCCAGAGAAAGCGCCGUAAUCAGCGUUGGACUGUUGUGAGGUGUCUCAACUGUGGCUUAACCAAGCGGUUCCUCAGCAACCCUGAUUAUAAAUUGUGGUCAGAGCAACCGGAGUCAUUACUGGAGAACCAGAUGGUGGCCAGUGAGAGAAUGAAAGGCCAAACAUUCAGCACAAUGCAGUGGCCCCUCAAAACAUCCCCCGCAGAGAAAGCAACAGGCCUGAACUCUGAACCUCACAGUCGCCCUGCCUCUAAGGAGACCGCAGUGGGGCCCCAGUCGAAGGAGAAGGAUCUAAGAGGGAAGUGAGCCCUUCCUUAAUAACAGAACCUUCCUUCUGCGUUGCGGGUGGAUCCUUUGGUAGCCCCCGUGUGGCUAGCAAGUGUGACUAGCAAGAUUAUUGGAAAGGAGUGAGGAACUAUGAGGUAAAUUUUGGUAAACAAAAGCCUGAUAAGCCAUUUGCCGGAGGUGAAUGACUCAGUCUUGGGAACAAAGGUGCUUUUUUUAUAUACAGCCCUUCAGAUAACUAGUUUUUAGGCAGAAGGUAACUAAAAGAGGCCUGGCGACAAGUCAUUUCCCGUCCCACUGCCUUUGUUCUUCUCUGCCCCCAACCUCUCACAGCUCCAAAUCACUUUUCUCUCACUCACAUUCCUCCCCAUACUUUAAUCUUAUUCAGUCUGCAUUCCUUGAGGACUGGGUUCUCGCUGUGGGUUGGAUUUUACCUGGCUUGUACCAGUUGCUGACAUUAGUUAUUGAGCAUAUAGAACUGCAAAAAUCCCAAAUCCAAGGGGCAGAUGAGUGAACUUGCUGUUGGAUUCAGAGCGAGGGACUGCUCCACUCCAGUCCUUAUUUUCAUGUGGGGAAAAUUACUGAAUAAAUUUGAAACAAAA